AUGUCACAAUUACGUGAUUUUUAUCAAGAUGGCGAUAAUAAUAUUAUUUAUGAUAAUAUUUAUUGUGAUAUUAUUGAUGUUUCAAGCUUAGACUUUAAUUGUCAAGAAACUUGUUUCCUGGACAUAUCAGAAGCAAAAGGCAUAUCAAACCUAAUUUCGUGGUUGAAGGACCAAGACACGAAAAGACUAAUCGACACACGGACAUGGACCCGUGCAAAGAAGCGAUAUUCGCGACUGAGCAUCGACUCGAUUCCCGAAGUAGCAGCGUCUCUAGAAAACAGUCCAAUAAAACCCCGAGGUAGUCAUUUGAUAACAUCGACGCCUCACGUUCCGCAACUUGCGAGUUCAAGGUUGAACUUCGACUUCACCGAGCGUAUCAGCGUAGUGCCUUCGGUCUUAAGAUCAAGCUCAUCGGCCUACAAUGGAUCAAACUUCGGACAAACAAGUCUCGAAACCUUGCUCAACAUGUCUCAACAAAAUGGCGUCGACUCGUUCAUCAAUAUGGACGCACCAGAGUUAAACGAGUCAUUAUUAAUAAACAACAAGCAACCGCCGAGUCUCACUGAUUCUUUGUUAAUGAUAGAAGAUUCUGAGUUAGUUGGAUCCACGCAUUCGUCUCUGUCUUGUUUUGGAGCAGGAGUAGGGAUAAGAAGCGCCGGAACGGGGGUAAAAAGCCGCGGAGUAGGGGUUGAAAGCGACGAAGUGGGAGAAGAAGAUUCCGCAGUUGUAGUCGGGACGUCAGCCGAAGCGCGACGACUAGAAUCACUAGAAAACGGCCCUAAAAUGGAUGAUUCGCAGAUUUUGACCACUUCCAUGAUGCAGACAAGUUUAUUCAGCGAUACUAUGGAUAUUAACAAUCCAUUUGCACGGGAUUUAUCAGACGGGUCGUGCAUAGAGAAUCCGAAUUAUUCUUCGCUUAAUAACACAAUCACAGUGAACAAUUCGGCGCCCAAAAAGAAAAUAGACGCGACAUUUAAUGCUGAUGAAUUAUACGCAGCGCUGAAUAAUGAAUCUUUUCUGAUAAACCGUACGUUUGAUAACAACGAAGCGAAUCAUCUGAGCUACGUUAUCUGUCGAGAAGAUACUGCUGAUUUGAGUGUUGAGAAUAAAACGUAUUCUAGUAAAAAAUUGAACUUGCAAUUGAACAAGUGCUCAAAAAUAGUAAACUGUAGUGAAGAAAUUUUGGGAGUUGAGGUUGAGGAAGAAAAUUUAAAGAUAGAUCAGAAUUUAGGGAACAAAGAGUGUGAUAUAAAGAUUAAUACGACAAUUCAAUUGUCGGAUGAUUUGAACUCAACGUUCACUGUCGAUGACGAGUCGUUGCCUUCGAAUGAAUUUAAAGAGCCGCUAACUGUUGACAAUCAGAAGUGCCUUAAUUCAACCUUUGUUGCUGAGAAUAACAAAGUGUUGAAUGAAACUUACAAUAAUGAGAAUGAAGAGGAUGCUAAUGUGAUGAAAAAUCGUUAUCAGACGUACCGGAAGCCAGUACCGAGCAAGAUGUUGCUAAGAAAGACGUUUGGGUUCAAUAUGCAGGACACCAGGUCCCUGGAAAACUUAGCAGACAGGUUUGGAAACAAGAAAUCGGGUGAAGCCAAAGCUGCUGGUGUGGGAAAGAAAAGUUUUUCUCGACUGCCGCAGAGCUUGCAGAAAUCUAACCCUAAUUUGAACAGCGGGCUGAAAUUGGUGCCGAGUGAUAGCAAGCCAAGGUCCGGAUUGUAUGGCUUUAGGAAUCCCAGGACUGGAAGCACAGAGGAUGAUGGGCUUGAUAAGAAAAGCAAGUAUAAGUUUGCUCAAGGAUCCACGGAAAGUAUUGAGAGCACGCAGAGCAUCGCCUCGGCUCCGGAUCUUGAUGAUUGCUUGUCUGUUGACUCCGAUGACAAAGACUUCAAGGAGAGGAAAAUCAUGGAGAACACUUGGAUUGCAGACCCCACGGAUUUGCCUUCGCCGAUUUUGAAAGACGGAGAGGUACCCUCGGGGAGUCGGGGGAGCUUGAAUGAAGGUAAUGAUAGUCAUAUUAAAACAUCUUCACCGAUUAUUAGUCCGAGUUCAUCACAAUCUAACGAUUCUACAUAUGGAAAUGUAAAGCCAGCUGUUAAACCCUGUCUUCCACCAAAGCAAACAGUAAUUAUGAUUGUUUUAUUUCUUAAAAUAAAUAAAUUAUUUUAUAAUGUCGCGUACCAAAAGAGUAUCGAGAAAUUAAUAAAAAGUCCCGAGAAACCAGAAAUGAAAUCCGGAAUACGUCCACCAUCAGCCAGAGCAUUGAGCGGCAUACCGCGACCAGCAUCUCGGAUUCCAGCUCCCGGUUUCACACGGUCCAAUUAUGCUAAAAAAAAUUUAACAUGA